GAGUUCACCUUUUGCAUCCGAUUCGAUGCUUCUCAUUCAUCGUAUCAUCGCUUUGUGUGCUCACUUUCGUUCUGUCUCUCUGUCUCUCUCUAGCUGCGCGUAGUUUCUCUUUCUCUCCGCAUUUUGACAAGUGUGUGGCAAAGCGAAAACAGACAACAAGCGUCACUUUGUGUUAGUAUAUCCACUGACAUUCUCACGUACAAAGCGUGUGUAGUUUUUUUUUACGUGUGUUGUUAUUUUCUAUUCAAAAAAAAAAACUUACAAAUAUCAUUCAAAAAAGAGGAGACGAAUUGACAGAAGAAGAGGAAAAAAACGAAUUAAAACUACACGACAUAAAUGACGACGUCAAAUUUUUUUUAUAGUUUUGCCACUGUAAACCUUGCAAGGGUUUUCCAACUAACGUGAGAUUUGAUGUGUGUGUGUGUGUGUGUGUGUUUUUGGUCUCACACAAAUCGUAUUUGAAGUGAAAUUAGGCAGCUAAUAAAGGAAGGUGCUCGUGUGGAAAAGCAACUCCAUAAAUUUCUAGAUUUGAACAACAACAACAACAACAAAAAAACCUUUUCCUGUUGUUCUCUCUUGGUGUGUUCAUUUGACAAAGUGUCUUGUUUGUAAUUUAUUUCUGUGAACGCUGGGCGAUUACAGUUCUCAUGUGUCACAAAACGCAAAUUUUUCUUCAGUGACAAUAAAUUAACAGCCUAACAUACAACAAACAAUAAAAAAAAAUAACAAUUGGUUGGACGCAGUGCAUACAUGUUCAUUUGUGUGUACGAUGGUCAUUCACAAGUUGUUUGCUUGAUGAGCGAUUGAACGAGCCUCAGUACGCGAUUGUGCUCUCUAUCAAACAGCUCGGCUCAAUUCGGUGCUGCUACUGCUCUCCAUUUGAACAUCAGCAACGACGACGACCUGUGUGUGUGUAUAUGUGACUCGGAUGAAAUAUUCUUGAAAUUGCACAUUCUUGCCUAACAACAACAACAACAACAACAACAACAACAACUAUAAACAAGAAAACAACCAAAAAUUUGUCAGCGAUUGUGCAACACGAAAAUUGUAUAUAAUUCACUUGAGCGCACCAUUUCAUCAACAACGGACCAGUGAGUAGAGACACAAGAAGCGACGACACACACAUGUCAACGACAAAAAAUCAAGAAUUUAAACAGCCCACGCCAAACUAGUGAUAAAAUUGAGAAUCUGCUUCGAUUUGGAACUGUCAAUGAAUUUUAUUGAAUUGUGACAUAUCAGCCAGUUAGCAGCUGAUGAAUGUGAUUUGUGUGACGAGGAAAGAAGGAUAGGGAAAAAUAACAACAAAUACCACUUAGAAACAAUCAAAUCUACUUAAUUCCAGAAUAUGACACAAAAAAAUGUGUUGAUAAAACGUGCAAUUAUAUAAUAUUCAUUUAUGGUGUGUCAGCGAUGUUUAUUGGCGUUUUUUUUUUUUCGGGCAAAUAUUUACUCAAGCCAAACAAUUUCAUGCUCAUAGAGCCCCGAAAACGUCAUCCAGGAGUUGAUUUUGAACGUUAGUUUCAUUAAGUAUUGAAAAGUCACAUUCAUUGCGCUGCUGCAAUCUGUGCAGCAACUCUCAUUUGCUAUUGCAAAUCGUUUUUUGGCACCGGGGCAACACAAUUUUCGGUAAUUCGGAGUGGUGCGAAGCGCGCGCGAUAGACAACAGCACAUUCGUCUUCGAGCGAGCAUCUAAUUAAUACAUACGCGACGAGCUAGUUUCAAGGAGAAAACAAUUUUGCACUGCAAAACUCGCUCGAACAGUGUUUGAAAAUAAGAAAUUAUUCAUUUUUUCGGGGCUCCAGAAUCAACAUUUGGUAAUUGAUUACCGUGUGACCGACAACCGAAUUUGCCAAUAUUCAAUUGAUGUUAAUUUUUCGCAAGUGAGAGUUCAAGUACGCGAAUUUUACGAGAGUCGAGAGUGAUGAGUGCGCUUGGUCAAGCGUAAAAAAAAACAUUUUUUUUUGCCAAAAAGGCCCAGUUAAAACCAAGCGAAAUCAGGAAAACCGAAAACUCAAAUGGAAAAUCAAUUUCGUUUGAACGAUUCUAUAGGCAAGCACGCCAAAUGAUUUUAAACUUUGUGAAAGAAAAAAAGAAAAAGAAAGAAAACAAUAACAAUCGACACUCAUUGAAUGAUUCAUGAUCAAUUUCAUGCAAACACAUCGAAAAUGUAUUACACACACUGUGCGCGCGAACAACAAAACAUAAUCAUAGCCUAGAUAAGUGAAAAGAGAACCAAACAAAACAAUAGCAAAAUUUAAGGCGAUACACAUCGAUAAAAUAUAAAAAAAGAGCGAAGAAGAAGAAGAAGAAAUAGAAAAAAAUAAAAGCAAAUUUUUGGAAUGUUUGUUUUUCGACCGGGCAACGCAACUCUCAAACCCACGCCGGAAAAAGGAGCCAACUCAUGCCAACGUGAACGACAAGAAGACAGUGAAAAAAUAAUAUCUGAAACGAAAAAACAAAACAAAUAAACACACAUCCGAAACUGAAACAACUCAAAUCAGCAGAAAAAAAAAAAUAAUAUCGGAGCGACGACAACAAUAACAAAGAGCCGAAUUCGCAAAAUGGAAAUGGAACAGCAAAACAAUGAAUUGGAUCCGAGAAUUCAGAUCGAACUGGAAAACUUGAACACCGCUACCGAAGAAAUCAACCGAUUGGAAAUCGAAUUAGAGGAAGCGAAUUCGACGUUCAACAUUUUAUACAAUGAAUCGACGCGCCGCUUGAAAUUGCUGAUAAAAAAGUUGGGUAGUUGCAUCGAGAAGUCACGGCCGUAUUAUGAAAGCGCGGAAAAAGCACGUUUGGCACGAAUUGAAUGUCAAGCAGCCGCAGCUGAAUUUCGACGUGCGAACGAAAUCCAUGCGGCGGCCAAGGAAACCGUUGCACUGGCGGAAGAAAGAUUUAUGACAAAUUCACACAAUUGGCCAUUUGACAAUGCAUGGCAAGAAAUGCUGAAUCAUGCUACAAAUAAGGUCGCCGAAGCAGAGAAGAAAAAGGCUGAAGCUCACGCUGAACACCAACGAAAGGCACAUAUCUUUAAUAAGAUUGAUUUGGAGACUCAACAAAUCGAGGAGCGUCAACGGCGAAAUAUCCAAAAGUCGCGUCCGUAUUUCGAGGAGAAGCAAUUAUGUCAAGAGCAGCUAGAAACGCAAAAAGAGCGAAUCCAUGAACUUGAAAUUCAAAUAAAGAGUACAAAGGCAUCGUAUGCGAUGUCACUGAAAAAUUUGGAGAAAAUCAGUGAAGAAAUCCAUCGUACACGUGGCACGGAUUUAGGUAUAACACCGCCAGGUCCCCGAGAACCAGGUGUUGGUGCAACCGAUGACGAUGACUACGAAGAUCCCAACUCAAGUGAUACCAUCAAAGGUGGCAGUGGCAAAAAUCACAAACUCAAGAAUUUACCAAUUGCCGACAUUAUGACUCAAAUGGAAAAUGACAAUUCACUGGACGCAACAUCGCUCGACACCAAUUCCAUAUUCAGCGAGGAUAAGGACGAUGAAGAUUAUGCACAAUCUUUGGACGAUACAUCCAGUAUGAAACGUGGCAUUUUUGCCGAUGGCAUCGGUUCAUGUAGCAUGACAACGAAUAGUCGCAAUGAACCGGCCGACAUAACAUCGACCGAUUUUGAUAAUCACGAACUGAAUUUGGAAGAGCUGCGGCAAAAAGUCAAAGUAUUAGCCGUGCGACCGGUUGAAGGUGGCGAUGGACAAACAAAAGACUGCUGGGAAAGUGAACUCAAUGAAACUGUCAAUAAAUUGGAUCGUCUGAUGAUGCUACAGGAAAAUAAUACAAACGUGCGCAGCCUGAAUUCAAGUCAAGGUGUUUUACACAAUUCUCCCGCAAAAAUGCCACAACAGCAACAACAACAACAACAACAACAACAACAACAACAACAACAACAACAACAACAACAACAACAACAACAACAGCAACAGCCACAACCAGUUGGCGGUUUAACGGGUGGAUUGAUGGAAAAGCCACCGAAGCCAAUAAAAUAUUUGCAGGCGAAUAACAAUCAUGGUUUUUACACGCCUACCCACACCAUAUCGUCUUCGUUGAGCCGAACCAUUGAAUCGACCAACACCACGCCAGUCAAUAGCAGCCAGUCAGCCAGUACAACAAAAACCUUUUUAAAUAAUUCAUUGCAAGCGAUGCAACAGAAAAUGGAAGAUCUGUUACCAACCAGUCAGACAACCACGUCAUCUACAUCGUCGUCGAUCACGAAAGAGCUACCAUUGCUGAGUCGAAUUUCAAAUGAAAUUUCGGCAAACACCGCAAACACGGUGAAAGUGCUAAAACGACGAUUGUCAUUGAAUUAGUUCAUACAGGACAUUGGCUCAUUGCGAUCACCCGAUUGAGAAUGUCGACACAUCUCCGACAUGUAUACGUAUUAAAAUUGUAUAUGCAUGGCAGUAAAUUUACACUGACAGAGCCAGUAAAUUUUGUAGCUGUUUAUAGACUGUUUGAUGGCAGCAACAACACUUGAAAGAAAACGUUGUUUCAUUCGCACGAAAAUGAAAUGAACCGAUGAACCAAGGAAUCUGAUCAAUGCGCGCGUUUACGGAAUUUCAUUUCGAAAUGUGCACAAUAGUCAAACAAAAAACAAAUGUUGUAUUAUCAGAAAUAGAAAAUACGGAACCUGAGACAAAAUAAUUUAUCGUAGAUAAAAACCGAAGAAUUUAAUAGGAGAAAAUGUUGUCUGGAAAAUUGGAGAGAGACAAAUAGCAAAUACUUUUACCGUAAUAUUUUAACCACUUGUUAGAUUUAUCAUCAGCGAAUUUUAUCACCGAAACGGAAAAAGAAAACAAAAGAAAAAAACAAUUUAUCAUCAAAAAAGAAAGCCCUAUUAGAGAAUAUUGAAUGUGUGAAUCAAUUUAACGCAAAGGAUCGUCUAUUUUUGUUCCUUUCCAAAUCGCAAAUACCGUGUUUUCAAACGAAAUCAGAGAUGGUGGCCGCGGCAGACAGAGAAAUGUUUUUGUAUUUUCAUAUAAUUGAAUGUGUACAUAUGUUUCGAAUUUAAGUCUGUGUCAUUCAUUUCAGUUGGUUGACAGCCGCUCAACUCUUCGUCUGAUUUUUUUUUUCAAUUUUCUUUAUUUUUCGUUAUUGGUCAAAGCAAUAAAAUUGCAAUAAAAAUUUGACUUUUACAGAAAGGAAACAAACGAAAAGUGCAUUAAACGCAAUUGGAAACAAUUGAUCGGAUUUUAAAUUCAGUUGAUUUUUCCAUUUUAUUAUCUGACCGAAGUGAAAUUGAAUCGUUGAUAUAUUUUGAAUGAGAAACCUGAAAAAUGAUAGUCAAAUUGCUCACAGUGAAUACCGAGAGAGAGAGAGAGAGAGAGAGAAAAACAAAUCGAAACUAUUUUGUUUGCAAAACCCGAAAAAUUUGCGCGGAUAAAACUCAUAUGAAUUGUAACGAACGAAUCGAGAUGAGCGAAUUGUUUCCUUUGUUUCGUCUGUUAUGCCUUAAGUUUAAAACUAAUUUAAGUUAAGUUCUCUUCUUUAUUUCGAAUCUGAUUCCUGAUUAGAGUUUCGCUAGAGCUUUUGUUUUAAAGAGACGGCAUUUAUCGAACUACAAAAUAUUUAGCAUUUUAGCCAAAUUUUUUUCUUCGUUCUGUUUCUUGGCAAAUGUUCGUGACAAAUAUGCACUUAAGCAAAACAUUACAUUGUUACAAAACAAAUAAAAAACUAACUUAACUAUUGGAAUAAACCAUACACAUUUUAAAUGUAUCUAGAUGAUUUGAAUGAACAAUUAAAUCCAUUAUGAUACCGUAA